AUGAAGUUUGCGCUCUCCCACGCGCUCCUGCUCGUGCUCGCCGCCGCCGACUGCGCUCUCGGCCUCACCCGGACCGAGAAAGUCCUCAGCGAUGGCGUCGUCGAAGUGACGUACGCCAACUUUACCGCCGCCGACAUGGAGCGCGUGGGCCGCCGCGGCGGCAGCCCCCGCGACCUGGCGGCGCGCACCUACGGCCCGCCGGCGUCGUACCCGGAGAGCACCAGGACCGAGUUCAAGGACGCGCGGACGUGCUGGAACUACUGGUGGUACUCGGCCAGCUGCGUGCUGCAGUGCAAGCUGGGCCAGCACUGCAUCGCCUGCCUCAAGCCGCUGAGCGUGCCGGCGACCUAUACCGGCGGCGGCUCCAUCGCCAUCACCCACGGCGACCUGCAGAAGUUUGCCAAGGACUUCGCCAAGGGCGAGUACGAGUUUCCCGUGUCCGUCAUGACCGAGGGCCCCGCGACCAUGGACUGGUACGGCCCGAGCGACAGGCGCUUCUGGCUGAAGCAGUGGUUCGCCGUCACCGAGGCCAGUGUCCGCAGCUGCACGGGCGGAAAGUGCGGCGACUGGAUGGCCAUCAAGAGCUGGAUGCCGUGCUCCAACAAGGACUGCUUCAAGUACACCCUCAACGACGGCUAUGCCCAGUCCACCCUCCAAGACAUAUGCAACGUGAAAUAUGUCCAGGCUGCCCUUCCCGCCGACAACUCUUUCCCCGGCAUCACAAUCAAUUCAUCCUCGGUCUCUACCGCCAUCACCUACAACGCCUCCAUUGCAGAGUCGGACUGGAACAGGGCCGCCACCAUCAACUACUGCAACGUCACCUUUGCCUACUCGCACAAUGGCAUCGCCGACGACGUCGUCCACGUCAGCUACUGGGUUCCCGCCCCGUGCGCAUUCCGAAAUCGCUAUCUCUCCACAGGCGGCGGCGGUUUUGCCGUCAACUCUGGCCCGAGACGGGUCCCCUGGAAUAGCGUGUUCCUGCUGGCCAACGGCACCAUCAACUGGCAGUCGGUGUACAUGUUUGGCUACCAGGCGCAUCAUGAGCUGGCCCUCAUCGGCAAGCAGCUGGCGGCGAACCUGUACAAUGUCUCUGCGAACAAGACCGUCUACUCGUACUACAUGGGCUGCUCCGAGGGCGGACGCGAGGGCUGGAGUCAGUUGCAGCGUUUUGCGGACCAGUUUGACGGCGCCGUCAUUGGUGCGCCUGCCAUUCGCUACGGCCAGCAGCAGGUGAACCAUCUGACGAGCAACGUCAUCGAGCAGACACUCGGCUACUACCCGCCAACCUGCGAGCUCGCCGCCAUUGUCAACUUGACCAUUGCCGCGUGCGACGGCCUCGAUGGCCAGACGGAUGGCGUCGUCGCGCGGUCUGACCUCUGCAAGCUCAACUUCAACGUCUCGAGUACCGUGGGCAAGGCGUAUUCGUGUGCGGCGACAACGCCACGGGUCAUGGGCGGCAUCUCCAUUGGUGCAUCGAGCCCGGCGCAGAACGGCACCAUCACAGCCAAGGGUGCCGAGGUGGCUGCGACCAUCCUCGAGGGUCUGUACGACUCGGACGGCAAGUUUGUCUAUCUGAGCUACCAGCCCGGCGCGUCCUUUUCUGACGCGGCUACGACGUUUGACAAUGCCACUGGUUCCUGGAAGCUGUACAUUAAUGGUCUGGGUGGCGAGUGGGUGGCCCGCUACUUGGAGCUGCGGAACACGAGCAGCCUGACGAGUUUAUCAAACUACACGUACGAUACGCUGCGCGACCUGAUGAUUGAGGGCCAGACGCGCUACGGAGACUCAUUGCAGACCACGCAGCCAGACCUGCGCGGCCUGCGCUCCGCUGGCGCCAAGGUCAUCCUCGUCCACGGCGAGCAGGACGACUCCAUCCCCGCGGGCUCAUCUGUGCACUAUUACGAGUCGGUGCGCUCCGUCAUGUACGCAAACAUGACGUACAAUGCGAGUGUCGCCGCCAUGGACGAUUUUUACCGCCUGUUCCUCGUCCCGGGCGGUGCCCAUUGCGGCACAAACCCGCUGCAGCCCAACGGCCAGUGGCCUCAAACCACGCUCGAGACUGUGAUUGAAUGGGUCGAGAGCAAGGCGGCGCCAGAGACGCUGGAUACGAAGGGCACUAUCAACUCCAUCUGCCGCUGGCCUUUGCGUCCCUUGUGGUCUGGCAAUGCCACCACCCCGGACUGUGUCUACGAUCAAGCCUCGAUCGAUACGUGGAUGUACGAUUUUGACGCUUACAGCACGCCUUUAUAUUAA